AUGAAGUUCUCCAUCACUGCUGCUGUUCUUGCUUUCGCUGCCACCGUCGUCGCCAUGCCCGGUGGUUCUCCUUCCUCCGUGGAUGACAACGGCCCUGGCAACGCCAACGGUGCUGGCAACAAGGGCAACAGCGACGUUCGCUUCCCCGUCCCCGGCGACAUGACUGUCAAGCAGGCCGAAGACAAGUGCGGUGACCAGGCUCAGCUGUCCUGCUGCAACAAGGCCACCUACGCUGGUGACAGCACCAACGUUGACAGCGGUCUCCUCGCUGGUACCCUGUCCAACCUCAUUGGUACUGGAUCCGGCUCCGAGGGUCUUGGUCUCUUCCAGGAGUGCUCCAAGCUCCCUAUCCAGAUCCCCAUCAUCGGGAUCGCCGUCCAGGACAUCAUCAGCAAGCAGUGCCAGCAGAACAUUGCUUGCUGCCAGUCGUCUCCCGCUACCACCGACGACGACCUCAUCGGCCUUGGUCUUCCCUGCAUUGCCCUCGGCUCCCUCGUUUAA